UCCAAGCGAUAAAGAAAUUAGAAAUAAAAAAAUGAGAAAAAAAUAUAAUGUGGGGGGGGAUGCUACUCUGACUGAAGACCAAAUCAAUGAGUAUUGUUAUAAAGUAGCCAUUGGGGAAAUAAUCGAAAGUUCAAUUAAUGUAAACGAACAAAAUCUGAACAAUACCCAAAAUCCCGAAAAUAAUAUUCUGAAAUAUGUUGAUACUCUUUUACUUCCAAAAACUAAUUUUCCGCUCAAAAAUACUAAUCAUUUGGAAAGUGAAAAAAAAAUUAGAGAAUUUUGGGAAGAAAAAAAAAUUUAUCAGCAAGUAUUAGAAAAGAAUAAAAAUAAUCAGCCUUUCGUUCUUCAUUCCGGUCCACCUUAUGCCAAUGGUAAACUCCAUAUCGGACAUUUUUUAAAUUUUCUAAUUAAGGACAUUAUUGUCCGUUUUCAGGCCAGUCAAGGAAAAUAUACUCCUUUUUUGCUGGGAUGGGAUACCCAUGGAUUACCAAUCGAACACAAAAUGAUUCAGGCUCACCAAGGGCAAAAAAUUAACUUACGGCAAGCAUGCCAUAACUUUGCCUUAGAACAGGUUCAAAUCCAAAAAGAACAAUUAAAAAAAUUAGGGCUUUUUACUGACUAUGAGAAAUAUUAUAUUACGCUUGACAAAGAAUACGAAGCCGAACAAAUUAGAAUUUUUGGAGAAAUGGUGAAAAAAGGUUUGGUUUAUCAAGGUUUUCGACCAAUUUACUGGUCUUGCGGACAUGAAACUGCCCUGGCCGAAGCCGAAACAGAAUAUUUAGAAAAAAAGGAUACUUCUCUUUAUUUUAAAAUCAAGUUGACUGAAAAGGUUUUUGGCAAAGAAAAUGUUAAUCUUUUGAAAAAAUUUUAUGGGGAAGAAUUAUUAGGUAAAUAUUAUAUUCAUCCUUAUCGAAAAGACCUUAAAGGAUAUAUUACAGAUGGGAGCGAUUUUAUUGAGGAAGGAGAAGGAACAGGGAUAGUCCAUUUAGCACCGGCUUUUGGAGCCGAGGAUUUUAUGGCAGCAAAAAAAGAAAAAUUGAUAAUUGAAUGUCCGCUUGAACCGAAUGGAACUUUUAACGAAAAAAUUGUAAUUCCGGAGAUAACCGGCAAGAAUUACACAGAAGUAAAUGAUUACGUAAUUACCGAUUUAGAAAAGAAAAAUUUAAUAGUAAAAAAAGAA